AUGGCUCAUAAGUCAGUGGAAAUAGUCCAGAUUAAUCUCCACAACAGUAAAAGCGCCUCAGCAGUUCUCUGCGAGACGCUAGCUGGGGUGCAGACAGCCAUAGCCCUAAUUCAAGAACCGUGGUUCGUGAACGGAGUGGUAACGGGCCUGGGGGGGUGUGGACGGAUUUUUCACUCGAACUUCCAAGGAAAGAAGAUUAGGACCUGUGUGUUAGUAAAAGGCGCACAGGCGACCUUCGUACACCAACAAAGCGGAGAGGACAUCACGGCUGUGAAGCUCAAGGUUCUCACUGAAAAAAACGAGGCCCCGGAAUUCAUAGCGGGAUCAGCAUACCUGCUAUAUGAUUCCAUGGAACGUCCCCCAACAAGGGAGGUCGAAGAACUCGUCAAAAAACUGAAGGACGAAAGAGGGAAAGAACCAACCUUCACGGACUGGAGAAGACAUGAAGUGUUGGUCAUAACCAUCUGCACGACAGGCAUGGCACGUUGGGCAAAGGACUGGAGGGUGUCGAAAGAUCCUUCGGGCUCAGAGCACAGCCAAAUACGCCUAUCACUAAAGUGCGAAUCGGAGCAGGUCCCUAGGAGAAAUACAAAGGACACAAACUGGGGCAAUUACAGAGAAGAAACCUUCGUGAGAAUCCAAGAUGUACCCUCAAGGUUCAGAAAUAAGAGAGACCUGGAACAUGCAGCCGAACGUCUCGGGGAAGUGAUCAGGGACUCUUAUGAAAACAACUGCACCAUUAAAAGACCGCGGAACACAAAAAUGGUGGGCUGA